AUGGUAUUGAUUUGGAUGGAUCAUGUGGCCACUAAAGUGGGGUUGGCCAAGGGGACGGGAGACAAGGAAAAAAACCGAGAAGGCUCCAAUUCCCUUACUUCAAAUUCUGCUUUAAUUCUGGGGCUUGUGCCACCUGUUGGACAUUAUUAUUUUGCAGAUACCAUGAGCACACUGCCUUCCAUUCUUGGAAGUUUAUUUGAAAUAGUUAACAGACACCCGCGUUGUAGAGUUGUGAUUUGUGUGCUCCAAAAAAUGAGUGAGCCAUCAGAUAAACAGAGUGAACCAUCAGCUCAACAGAGUUCCCUGCAUGAGAACAAAGCAGAUGAGAAUUCUCCUGAGAAAAGCUCUCAAAUCAGGCAGAAGCAAUCGCAAAUUCAGCGACAGUUAAAAAACCUGUCAUUUGAAAAUCCUGGACCGAAGAUGACCGACUUUGAUCUUGUACCCAGAAAACUGAAAAAGAAAGCACAGAUGUCAAAGAAGAAUGAGGAUUUUCCUGAGGAAAACAAACCCGAGAGGAAAUAUGACGAGAAUGGCAAGCUGAUCAGCAGUGGCCUAGACCUGUGUGAUUGUCUGGAUAAGAACUGCGUGGGCUGCUUCUACCCCUGCCCCAAGUGCAACUCCAGGAAGUGUGGGCCCGAGUGCCGCAACAACCGGUGCUGGGUAUAUGAUGACAUAGUUGAUGAGUCCGGGGAUGUCGUCAGUACCCUGCCAUUCAGUGACCGAGAGUAG